AUGGCCCCAAAUGAAGCUACUUUAUACAUUGGGAUUCUCCGGUUGCUACAACAAUUUGGAUGGAAGUGGGUUGGGCUUUUUGCUUCCGAGUCAGACAGUGGAAAACAAUUUUUGCAGAAACUGCAGUUUUUCCUUACACAGAAUGAAAUCUGUUCAGCCUUCCUACAACAAGUCCCAGGAAUACCCACUUUUGAUGAUUUGGAUAAAUUUGGUGGUAUAACAUUUGCUCUUCAUAGACAUUACACAGACAACAAGAUAAACACAUUUAUCAUUUAUGGAGAAUCUUUGUUGCUUGUAUGGUUAACAAGUGUCCUAUUUUUGUUGGAUCCUACCUUUAAAGAGAAUAUGUCAUUUACAAAAGUUUGGAUCAUGACCAGUCAAUUUGAUUUGAUACUCACAGGAAUUCAAAAGACUUGGAAUCUGCAAUUGUUCAAUGGGGCCAUUUCCUUUCAAAUUCAAUCACAUGAUGUUUUGGGAUUUAAGGACUUUGUUCAGUCCAUAAAACCUUAUUUGAGGCAGAGAGAUGGAUUUAUAAAGGAUUUUUGGGAGCAAGUAUUUGACUGUUCCUUUCCUAAUUCAAGAUUGCCAAAAAUGGACAUUGGACAAUGCUCUGGAGAGGAGAAACUGGACAAUCUGCCCGGAGCAGUCUUUGAAAUGGGAAUGACUGGUCAUAGUUACAGUAUCUAUAAUGGUGUCUAUGCUGUGGCUUAUUCUUUGCAAAACUUACUAUCAAAAGGAAAAAAUCAGGACAAAAGGAGAGUGGAAAAAAUGAUUCAACUUACAAAUCUUCAGCCUUGGCAGCUCCACCGAUUUCUUCAUGGUGUUUCUUUUAACAACUCAGCUGGAGAAAGAGUCUUCUUUAAUGAGAAAGGGGAAGUAACAAGAGGCUGUGAUGUUAUCAACCUUAUCACUUUUUCUAACAACUCAUUUCAGAGAGUCAAAGUUGGAAGGUUAAAUCCUAAUGCUGAAAAAGGAAAAGAACUGGUCAUUGAUGAAGAUAGGAUUAUUUGGCACCCAGGUUUCAAUCAGGUUAUUCCUAUUUCACUGUGUAAUGAUCACUGUUACCCAGGAUUUUGGAAAGGAAAAAUUGAAGGGAAACAGUUCUGCUGCUAUUGCUGUGUCCCAUGUCCGAAAGAAAAAAUUUCAGAUAAAAUGGAAAUGGAAUAUUGUUUUGACUGUCCUGAAGAUCAGUAUCCAAGCAAGGAGCAAGAUCAUUGCAUCACCAAAAGAACAAGUUUCCUAUCCUACGAAGAACCUUUAGGGAUCAUUUUGGCAUCAGCUGCUGUUUUAUUUUGCUUGAUAACAGUCUGGAUGCUUGGAACUUUCGUUAAGUACAAGGAUACUCCCAUAGUUAAAGCCAAUAAUCGAGACCUCACUUACACUCUCCUUGUGUCUCUUUUGCUCUGCUUUCUCUCUUCCUUUUUAUUCCUUUGCCAGCCUAGGAAAGUAAUUUGCCUUCUCCGACAACCAACUUUUGGCAUCAUCUUCUCAGUGUCUAUUUCUUGUGUCUUGGCCAAAACCAUCAUUGUGGUCAUGGCUUUCAUGGCCAACAAGCCAGGAACCAAGAUGAGAAAAUUGGUAGGAAAAAGAUUGGCCCUUAUCAUUGUUUUUUCAUCCUCUUUUUUCCAAGUCAGUAUUUGUAUUGUGUGGCUGGCAACCUCUUAUCCAUUCUUUGAAUUAGACAUGCAUUCUCUCAGAGAAACCAUAAUUUUGCAAUGCAAUGAAGGCUCCAUCCUCAUGUUCUAUUGUGUCCUGGGUUACCUUGGUUUCUUGGCUAUUGCCAGUUUCAUUGUGGCAUACCUUGCCCGUAAUUUACCUGACAGCUUUAAUGAAACCAAGUUUAUUACUUUCAGUAUGUUGGCUUUUUGCAGUGUCUGGGUCUCCUUUGUGCCAACCUUCCUGAGCACUACAGGGAAAGCCAUGGUAGCUGUGCAGAUCUUCUCCAUCUUGUCCUCCAGUGCAGCCUUACUAGGAUGUAUUUUCUUCCCAAAAUGUUUCAUCAUUUUGCUGAGGCCAGAACUGAACAACAAGGAGCAAUUAAUAAAAAGGAAUUAA